AUGAAAGAUUACCCGAGCACAAAGAGCAACAAUCAGUCGAGGAGAAAAAUGCAUAAAAAGCAAGACCAAUUGAAGGAUACAAAGUCUAGUACAAGAUGGUACAUUGGUGAAAGUUCAAAGGGGAACCAAGAUAAGGAAGCCAUAGGAAAAUAUAAAAAGACUCUUGAACACACAUGGAGAGAAAACAAACACAAAAACAAGGGCAUUAUAAUUAAGGAAAACAACAAUUAUAGUAGGAAUGAUAAAGUGAAAGAAGGGUACAACAACAACAACAAAAAAAAUAACCAAAGUGGCAACAACAUAAGUAAUAAUGGAUAUUACCUGAGCGAGAAUCAGCUAGUCAACGAAGCUAAGCCAAGUCAAGCAACCACUCAUACUCUUUGUAAUCAGAAAACUAGAAGUAGUGGUAUAUGCAAUGAAAACAAUGUCGUUAGUCAGAAUAAAUUGAAGGAAGGUCAAAAUAAGGUAAACAAUAAACAUGAAAAAGCAGAUAUUAAGGAUCUUACAGGGAAGACGGGGAAGAAUGGCAAAGCAAAAGCAAAAGCUGAAGAGCACAAGUGGUCUGGAAAAUGCACUGAUGAUUCUGAGGAUCAACCAACAGGGAACCAAAUAAGGUAA